AUGCUACAAAAUAGCGACACCGAAUUUGAUAAUCAGACAGAAGUAAUCACAACAAAUAGUAAUAUUAACUUCAGUAAUUACAAUACUCUAGCUGGGCAAUUGGCACUUAAUCAACCAGAGAAGUCAUUAACUUCAUCUACAGCUACAACAUCCACACCGGUUCUUCCAACAACUGCAGCUGAAUACGUUAUUCAAUAUAUAAAUGACUCUGAUGUGGCAACACAAAAUACUAAUUUCGAAAUACAAAUUCCAACACAAAUACAGCAAAACACUGAUGUGAAUCAGAUUGAAAAUUACCUAAAAUUUAUUUUAGACAAUCAAAUAAAUAUGACACAAACCAUAAAUGUUCUAAUGGACAACCAGAAAAAAAUGUUACACAAAUCCGCAAGUCUAUCAGUGCAAAUAGAUUACGAGUUUUCCAAGUGUGACCAUACUAAAAAUACAGACGUGGUUACACUGGGCAAAUCCAACGAGAUUGAAAAUGAUACUUUUGUCAUAAAACGUAUUGAUUCAGUUAAAGAGCUAGAAGAAUUGGAAUCACUUUUAACUGACAAGCAGCAAAAAAAUAAACUGCUGAAGCAAUACUCUUUCGAGAACAAACAAGAUACACCUAAAAAUUCCAAUCAAACAAAUCAAACCACCAACCAAGUUGAAAGCGUCAUGAUUGUUGCAGACGGCGACGCUACAAAUGAAACAAAAAAUACCACGGAAGAUGUUACAGAGGAAAGAGAAGAAGACGAGGAGAAGGAAGAGUCCCUUUGUUAG